AUGGCUGACGGUGAGGAUAUCCAGCCACUUGUGUGUGACAAUGGCACUGGAAUGGUCAAGGCUGGCUUUGCUGGCGAUGAUGCGCCCAGAGCAGUGUUCCCUAGUAUAGUUGGCCGCCCUCGCCACACGGGUGUGAUGGUUGGAAUGGGCCAAAAGGAUGCCUAUGUUGGUGAUGAGGCACAGUCAAAAAGAGGUAUCUUGACCUUGAAGUACCCCAUUGAGCAUGGUAUUGUGAACAACUGGGAUGAUAUGGAGAAAAUCUGGCACCACACCUUCUACAAUGAACUGCGUGUUGCUCCUGAAGAGCAUCCAGUUCUGCUGACAGAAGCACCACUAAACCCAAAGGCAAACAGAGAGAAGAUGACCCAAAUUAUGUUUGAGACAUUCAAUGCACCAGCAAUGUAUGUUGCUAUCCAAGCUGUUCUUUCCCUAUAUGCCAGUGGUCGCACAACAGGUAUUGUGCUUGAUUCUGGUGAUGGUGUGACCCACACUGUGCCAAUCUAUGAGGGAUACGCGCUUCCUCAUGCUAUUCUUAGGUUGGAUCUUGCUGGUCGUGAUCUGACUGACUGCCUAAUGAAGAUCCUCACAGAAAGGGGUUAUUCCUUCACUACAACAGCAGAACGGGAAAUUGUAAGAGAUAUAAAGGAGAAGCUGGCCUUUGUUGCCCUUGAUUACGAGCAGGAGCUCGAGACUGCUAAGAGCAGCUCCUCUGUCGAGAAGAGCUACGAGUUGCCUGAUGGGCAGGUCAUCACAAUUGGCGCGGAAAGGUUCAGAUGCCCAGAAGUGCUUUUCCAGCCGUCGCUGAUUGGGAUGGAAGCUCCUGGCAUCCAUGAGACCACCUACAACUCUAUCAUGAAAUGUGAUGUUGAUAUCAGGAAGGAUCUGUAUGGCAACAUCGUUCUCAGUGGAGGAACAACCAUGUUCCCUGGCAUUGCUGACAGGAUGAGCAAGGAGAUUACUGCCCUUGCACCGAGCAGUAUGAAAAUCAAGGUAGUGGCGCCUCCAGAGAGAAAAUACAGUGUUUGGAUUGGUGGUUCAAUCCUUGCCUCGCUCAGCACAUUCCAGCAGAUGUGGAUAUCCAAGGAAGAGUAUGAUGAAUCUGGCCCUGCUAUCGUCCACCGAAAAUGCUUCUGA